AUGCCUUACGCUAAUCAACCUUCCGUUCAUAUCACAGAAUUGACAGACGACAAUGUAAAGUUUGUCGUUGAAGACACCGAACUUAGCGUCGCCAACAGUAUGAGACGUGUGUUUAUAGCCGAAACACCGACGAUGGCUAUUGAUUGGGUGCAGUUGGAAGCCAAUUCCACUGUACUCAGCGAUGAAUUCCUGGCUCACCGUAUCGGCCUCAUUCCGUUAAUAUCAGAUGACGUCGUCGACAAAAUUCGGUAUUCCCGAGAUUGUAUGUGUGCAGAUUUCUGUUCAGAGUGCAGUGUAGAGUUUACCCUUGAUGUGAAAUGUACAGGUGAUCAGACAAGACACGUCACUACGGCUGACUUGAAAUCGAGUGACCCCCGAGUGGUGCCGGUGACGUCACGACAUAGGGACGAGGACCAGGCCGAUUAUGGUGAAACUGACGAAAUAUUAAUCAUAAAACUUCGUAAAGGACAGGAGUUGAAACUGAGAGCAUAUGCGAAGAAAGGUUUUGGAAAGGAACAUGCAAAAUGGAAUCCCACAGCCGGAGUCUCCUUUGAAUAUGACCCGGACAACAUGAUGAGGCAUACAUUGUACCCUAAACCUGAUGAGUGGCCUAAAAGUGAACACACUGAGUUGGACGAGGACCAGUAUGAAGCAGAAUUUAAUUGGGAAGCUAAGCCAAACAAAUUCUUUUACAAUGUUGAGUCAUCCGGAGCACUCAAACCAGAAAACAUAGUACUCAUGGGUAUAGUUGUGUUGAAGAACAAAUUGCUCAAUCUACAAGUACAGUUAGCACAAGAAGCCCAAAAUGAUGCAUUAGCUAUCAAUUAA